ACAUGUAUGAAUUCUUAUAUUGAAAUCUUCCGAGGGUUGCGUGCGAUUGGAUAUACUGAAACAGAUAUAAUUAGUUUUUGCUGCGUUAAGAAUGCAGCCUAUGGACCACGACUGUUGAGAAGAACAGAUAAGCUUAUACAGCGGGUGCAAAAUGCGUGUACUCGCUUUAGUUUUCCUGUCUCGCCUCGAAGUCAUGUAACGCCUUAUUUAAACGACGCCAAUCUUCUUAAGAUGAGCGCCCGGAGAAAAUUACAUCUUGCUACUCUAUUGUUCUCGACAAUUAUAAAGCAGAGACCGGUAUAUCUUUUUCAAAAGUUGAAAUGGGCCCAAGACCAAAAUAAAUAUAAUACAAGAGCUUCCGUUCACUUGCUUAUAAGAACUCGACACCGUACUGCUGCAUUUCGAGGCAGCUUCAAAUUUGCAGCAACACACUGUUGGAAUGAUUUACCAUCACCUAUUCGUACCCUAAAAACAUUAAUAUAAUAAUGGGUAAAUCAGGAAUGUCUAGAACAGGUAAAUGAAAUUGUAUACUUGGGGAGUGCUUUUAGCCGGGAUGGAAGAUGUGAUUUAGAUGUGGACAGGCGUGUCGCUGCCGGGAACAAAGUCAAUGGUGCCCUGACUGCGUUAGUCAAAAGGCAAGGCGUAGCGAAGAGUGCACGCCUUGCAAUACAUAACGCAGUGUUGGUACCGACUUUGUUAUAUGGCAGCGAAACCUGGGUAUGCCAGAAGAAGCAUAAAAGAAAGUUGAAUGCAGUGGAGAUGCGAUCUCUUCGUAAAAUGUGCGGCGUUACCAUGGCCGACCGAAAGCGAAACGAAGAGAUUCGCAAUAUGGCAGGUUUGAAAGAUGACCUUAUCACAAAAAUUGAUAAGGGCGUGCUUCGGUGGUUUGGGCACGUUGAGCGAAUGAGUGAAGACCGAAUGGUGAAGAAAAUAUAUAGCGCGAAAGUUAAUAUUAAAAGGUGUCGAGGUAGACCGAGACUAACUUUCGAAGACCAUGUGAGCAAAUUGCUCGAAGAGGGUAGGGUCAAAAGUACUCGGAUACCUAGACGUGCAUGCAUGAAGAAGAUAAUGAAUCUGAAAGAAGCGAAAGAGGUUUGUAAGGAUCGUGACACUUGGCGAUCUGUUCUCUCUGGCUACCCCGUCAGGGAUUGUGCGUGAAGAUAAGUAAGUAAGUAAGUAAGUAAAAACAUUAAGUAGUUUUAAAAAGAAAUUAAAGCUGCAUUAUUUGGUACAACAAGUACAAAAUACGUAAUAACUGUCUCGAACGUAGGAACCUACGAUGAUAGCAAUAUUUAUAUUUGUUCUACACUUUUCAUGUUCGAAUAUUAUUGAUUAUUAAUGUGUUUCUGUUAUGUAUUUCAUGAAUGAUUAUUUAUUAGUUUCAAUCUUAUUUCUUUUUUUUCUUUUUUUUUUUUAACAUGGCGUGUCUCUUUGACUCAGAAUAUUAAAUUAUCUACUUUUAUGAAAAAAGUAAAAGUUGUCUUCCCCAUAGAAUAGUCAGAAUAGUCAAUAUCAUGUUAAUAUUGUAUGUAUAAGUAUAUAAGUAGGUAUUAUUUAAAUAUAUAGUAAUAUAACACACCUGUUACCUAGGUUUAGUCUUAGUGCAUGUGUGUAUACGUUAUAUAAUAUGUUAGCACUACCUUUUAACUCGUAAUUGUUAAUAGAUAACUAUGAACUCGUAUAUAACUCUUAGUUGGAAGAUCACACACCGACUUGUCUGUGAAGUCACAAGGCUCCAACUGAAAACCAGCGCUGUAUUUGCAGCAUUAUGCUGAGUUGGAGACCUAUUUGAUGUCACAUUUUCAUAUUGAUUUUUUUCUUCGUUUUUACCUUUUUGUUUGUUUGUUUGUUUUAUUAUUGUGUAUGUACUGCUUCUCAAUUGUAAAUGCGUAAACAGUGUUAGACUGGUACAUGCAUUCUUUUCCCCCUUGCUUUUGUUUACAAUAUUUUUUUAAUGUGUGUAAAAUGUGUAUAUCAAAUAAAUAGUUCUUUCUUUC